AUGGAACUGCCAUUUAUUAAAUCUCUAACGCGUAACUAUCCACAGCAAAGGACCUUCACUCAUGGCUCUUGUAAUGGUUUGAUUUUGAUGGAAAACUGUACUGCUAAGGGAAGCCAUAUUAAUCUUUGCGUUUGGAACCCGACUACGAAAGUUUAUAAGGAAAUAGGAAAGAAGUUCAAAAAAGAUUCAACGCCAGUCAAAUACGGAUACGGGCUUGGUUAUAAUUGCGAUACAGAUGAUUACAAGAUUGUUAGAGCUAAUCUUGUCUAUGGUGAUGAUACUAAUAAUAAUGGGUGGAUUUGUACUGGUUCUAGAGUUCAAGUUUAUACAUUAAGGUCGGGUUUAUGGAAGGAAUUACCCAACAUCUUUCCUUAUAAUAUAUAUUCUUACCAGGAUGCAUUUGUUAAUGGAGCACUUCACUGGAUAGCAUUGCCAUGCCCUGGUUCCGCUGUUGAAUUAUCUAGCAGUUUAAUUGUUUCUUUCCAUAUCAAAGGCGAGAAUUUCGGAGAAGUUCCACAUCCUCCACAUUUCAAUGAACGAUUUGGUUUUGGACCUUUUGGUAUAUCAUUACAUGUUUUAGGAGGGUGCCUUUGUAUGGUUUUCUCUGAUCCUUAUAAUACUGAGGUAUGGGUCAUGAAGGAUCACAAGGUGAGAGAUUCCUGGACUAGAUUGUUCAUUGCUAAAAUUCCUGUUGAAAAAACAGUGAAGCACUUCUCGAUGAAGUUAAAAUGGGAAUUCAAGAAUGGUAAAGUUUUAUUUGAAGCCCGGUCAGGUGAUGAUGCUUAUUUUCUGAUAUAUGAUCACUACAAAUCUGAAGUUUCCAAGAUCUAUCACAUCCCAGAAUGGCGUAGCAGUAUAGAAACUUAUGUGGAGAGUCUGGUAUCAAUUCCCGGUACUUCUGAAGGGGAGCAAGAAUAUCCAUCUUUACGAAAGCAAGCAGUAAGACCGGUCCAAAAAAAUAAGAAAGCAGCAAGGAAGUAUCAUCUGGUAGAGAAAGUAUGUAUAACUAAUGACAGAGAACAGCAUUAUAUUAUGCCACGUAAGGUGACCAGAAAACACAUGCAUAAAACAUGUAUAUCUCGCGAUAUGAUGAGUGUUAACCAAGCAGAUUUACCUGUGCUCGUAAAGGUUCUUCCUCGUCCAAACUCAUAUUAUGAUCAUGUUUAA